AUGAACAACCAAAAAACCAAUUUUUCCACUUUUUCCAACACCAACGACCAACAACCACCAGAGACUCUCUCCAACGACCAACAACCACCAGAGAUUUUCUCCGGCAACCAACAACCACCAGAAGACGUCUCCGACUCUAACGAUGAUCUCUACAUCGAUGAAGAGGAAGACACCUCGCUCCUCGACUACAACCCACCAUCCGUCGGCAGCGACAAUGUUUUCCUCCCAGACGAAGAUGUCGACGAGGCCAUGUCAACAUCCGGCCCUCUAGACCCACCAAACAGUCCGGUCGUCGAGGAACCAACCAGCCCAGAAGCUGAACCGACCGUUUCGGUUGACGUUCUCCCGAAACAAGAGGAAUCCUCCGGCCAAAAAGCCGAAAAGGCUGUCAAGAAAGAAGAUCAUGACCGUCCCGGUCCAAGCGUCCGUCCUUGCUGCGGAUCGAGUCGCAUGUUAGUGCUUCGACAAACUGAAGGCAACCAAAACCGACAAGUUCGAUUCCUGCGCGAUGGACGACGCUGGUCCCAACAAAUUCGAUACAAUCCAAAUCAACCACAGCAGUGGCGACAUGAUGAAGGCCAAUCCAACAUGUGGCACAACCGAGUUGUCGUCCACGACUCGUUCAACGAGCGCCGUAAUCAGUGGCUCCGACUUGAGAAACUUCAACCACACCAUCGACUUCCGAAAGUUGGAGAGCCCAGAGAUAUCCCAGAAUUUGUAAAACGAUUGCCUGAGGACAUGAAGCACACGCUCAUUGCUGCCAUCCACAAGGCCGACAUGCGAGAGAUUCGACGACUACUGAUCGUGAUCGGUAGCCGGAAGAUGGCACUUACCAACAACUUGUGCAAGCGACUCUCCAACCUGAUGCUUCUUGGCAUCUACAAAGGUUUCCAACCACUCCGCGUGAACCAGAUGGUUCCCAUCGAGAUCUUCCCGAGAUUCUCGCGCAGCUCUUUGGCCUGCAUCAACCUUGUGGAUCCAGCCAGGCUGAUGAUCUACCUUGGCUACCCCAGCCUUGGGUACAAGCUGAACAACAAUGCCUGCGGCGAAACCUUGUGGCGACGAAUCCAACCAAAGCACCGAGUCGCCGUAUACCGCGACUCAUUUGCCUUUGGUGCCGCUUUGUGCAAGCGACUGCAAUAG